UAAUUUGAUAGACAUGGAAUCUGAUGAAAAAGUAUUAUCAGAUGUUCAUAUAGAGAGUGAAAAUGUAUCUGUUAAUAAUGAUUACACAGUGAGUAGGUUUUGGUUCCGGGUGUUACCCUGUGGAUCAUGUGUCAGUACAUGUACAGACAGUGAGGAGAGAGGUGGGGUGACCGACUCGGAUGGGGAUAUGGUGCUGAGUAGAAGAACAAACACAGCAAGGGAAGAAGAUGAAGAGCAGUAUGUUUUAACCAUAGCCCACUCUUUGUCAACUGGACUAAAAGAUGUUGGAAAACAGCUGUGGCAUGGAUCCCUUGUUUUAGCUGACUAUCUGAUACACAUCCAAGAUGAGCUACAAGAUAAAACAGUGGUGGAGCUGGGAGCAGGAACAGGAUUAGCUGGCAUUACUGCUUCAUUCUUUGCUAAAAAUGUUCUUUGUACAGAUGUAGGAGAAGGUGUGUUAAGAUUAACAGAACAUAACUUGGACCAGAAUUGGAACUGUCUGGAUCUUAUGAAAAAGAAAAAUUACAGAAUCUGUCAGCUAAACUGGAUGUCUGAAAAUCUAGUUACAGACUGUGGAAAAUAUACCAUGACAGAAGAAGACAUCAGUUUGUUAAAUAUUGCCCAGAUCUUUAUAGCAGGUGACGUUGUGUAUGACAAUGAACUGACAAUGGCUUUCUUUAACACAGUGUACAGACUUAUGUCAAAACCACCUUCAAAGUCACUGUACAUUAGCAUGGAGAAAAGGUAG